GCCAUGUUGUUUGGCUUGUGAGGGAGGCGGAGGCUGGGCGGGCAUCGAGAAAGAGCGGCCGCCGCCGCCGCCACGGCCCGCCACGGAGGACCCCGCAGGGGCUGCCCAGCCGCCGACGGGACCGGAGGGCCGCCGUGCCAUGGGCAGGAGCCGCCGCCGCCGCUGCCGGCUGUCACUGUGAAAUACCUGACAAUCGUGAAUCGCAUCUGAAAUCUGUCAAAGUGGUUUAUUGUUGAUUGAGCUUUCCAUGAUAUAUAGCGCUGCGGAACUGGAAAGCAAGGGUGAGGGCCUUGCCUAGCAGCUAGGCUCUGUCAUGGAUGAAGAGACUCAUCAUAGCCUUGAAUGCAUCCAAGCUAAUCAGAUCUUCCCCAGGAAGCAGCUAAUCCGGGAGGACGAAAAUCUCCAGGUCCCAUUUCUCGAACUUCACGGGGAGAGCACCGAGUACGUCGGCCGAGCCGAUGAUGCCGUCAUUGCCCUGUCCAACUACAGGCUUCACAUCAAAUUUAAGGAAUCCGUGGUGAACGUUCCAUUGCAGCUCAUAGAAAGCGUGGAAUGUCGGGAUAUUUUCCAGCUUCACUUGACUUGCAAAGAUUGCAAAGUUAUCAGGUGCCAGUUCUCUACUUUUGAGCAGUGUCAAGAGUGGCUGAAGCGGCUGAACAACGCCAUCCGCCCCCCUUCAAAGAUAGAGGAUGUUUUCUCUUUUGCUUACCAUGCCUGGUGCAUGGAGGUCUACGCCAGUGAAAAGGAGCAACAUGGGGAUUUGUGCCGCCCAGGCGAGCACGUGGCGUCGAGAUUCAAAAACGAAGUGGAACGGAUGGGUUUUGACAUGAACAAUGCCUGGCGGAUCUCCAACAUCAAUGAGAAGUACAAGCUCUGCAGUAGCUACCCUCAAGAACUCAUUGUGCCUGUCUGGAUAACGGACAAAGAGCUGGAAAGCGUGGCCAAUUUCCGGUCUUGGAAGCGCAUCCCUGUCGUGGUUUACAGGCACCAGAACAACGGGGCGGUCAUUUCUCGCUGCGGGCAGCCAGAGGUCAGCUGGUGGGGCUGGAGAAACGCUGACGACGAACAUCUUGUCCAGUCGAUGGCCAAAGCCUGUGCCUCCGAUUCCAAGUCGAGCAGCGGUAAACUGGUGAAUGGGAACUGCUCGCGAGAGUUCUCCAAUGGGGGAGACUUCUCCGACGCAGAGUUUGAUUCUUCCAUUUCCAAUGCUUCGGGAGCAGAAAGCUUAGCCAUCCAGCCUCAGAAGCUUUUGAUCUUAGAUGCACGCUCCUAUACAGCUGCAGUCGCCAACAGAGCCAAAGGAGGGGGCUGUGAAUGUCCAGAGUAUUAUCCCAACUGUGAAGUGCUGUUCAUGGGGAUGGCUAACAUCCACUCUAUUCGGAAGAGUUUUCAGUCACUGAGGCUGCUCUGCACACAGAUGCCGGACCCGGGAAACUGGCUGUCGGCUCUGGAGAGCACCAAGUGGCUCCAGCAUCUCUCUGUGCUUCUGAAAUCAGCCCUGCUGGUGGUUCACACGGUGGACAGAGACCAGCGGCCUGUCCUGGUCCACUGCUCCGAUGGCUGGGAUCGGACCCCGCAGAUCGUGGCUCUGUCCAAGCUGUUGCUGGAUCCGUAUUACAGGACUGUUGAGGGUUUCCAAGUGUUGGUGGAGAUGGAAUGGCUGGACUUCGGCCAUAAGUUUGCAGACCGCUGUGGCCACGGCGAGAACUCGGAUGACCUCAACGAACGCUGCCCCGUGUUUCUGCAGUGGCUCGACUGCGUCCAUCAACUCCAGAGGCAGUUCCCCUGCUCCUUCGAGUUUAACGAAGCAUUCCUUGUCAAGCUAGUGCAACACACCUACUCCUGCCUCUUUGGUACAUUCCUGUGCAACAAUGCGAAGGAGAGAGGCGAGAAGCACACCCAAGAAAGGACUUGCUCGGUGUGGUCCCUGCUGCGAGGAGGAAACAAAGCCUUCAAAAACCUGCUUUACUCCUCCCAGUCCGAAUCCGUGCUGUAUCCUGUGUGCCACGUGCGCAACUUAAUGCUGUGGAGUGCCGUGUACCUGCCUUGCUCCUCACCUUCCACCCCUGUGGAUGACACCUGUGCCCCUUAUCCCGUCCCAGGCUCCAACCCUGAGGAUCAGCCUCUGAGCAGGCUACCAAAGACCAGGUCCUUUGACAAUCUUACCACAGCCUGUGACAGCAGCAUACCCACCACCAACCGGCGUAGCAGCGACCCCAGCCUCAACGAGAAAUGGCAGGAACACCGCCGAUCCCUGGAGCUCAGCAACCUCGGGAACCCGGGAGAUGACCUCUUUGAGGGCGAAAGUUUGGGCAAACAAGGCAGGACUCUGAUUGGAGCAGAGCUUUCGGUAGCGGUGGCCGAGGGGCAGAUGGAAAACAUCUUGCAAGAAGCCACCAAAGAAGAAGGGAGCCUUGAGGAGAAUACGAGGUGUAAUCAGGAAAGGGCAGGGAAGGAGGGUGAAGGGGAUCUCCCGCUAGAUAAGGAACACAGGACUGAAUACCUGGCUGGUUCGGCUACUGUUUGUGAAAAGUCCAACCCGGAUGCAGAAACCUUAUUAGACAAUCCACUUUCUAAUCAACAGGUGGUAUCACAGGGUGCUUCUGAGCUCCAAGGGCAAGAGGAGGGUCACCCAGCUGUCCCUUGCACAGUCCAGAAGCCAUCUCAGUGGGGAGAGCUUCCACUUGGCUUUUGGGACAAUCCUGGAAAUAGCGAAGUUUCACGAGAGGAGGAAGAGGAGGAGGAGGAGGAGGAGGAGGGUGUUAAUACCAGUAGUAGUUCAGCAGAAGCAGAAAAUGCUUCUAGUCCUGCCCAUCCCAUCCCACUGUUGCCUGUAGGACUUGAGGUGGCCACACCAAAUAUGGAGAGCUCGACCGAGACCUUAACAGAAACAGGAGCCAGGGCAGAAAGCACACAGAAGGUGCCUUCCCAUUGGCAUCGCCCCGCGGGAAACAGCGUCAGUGAUCUUUCCCAGAUGGUGGAGAAUCGGCUGGAGAGGGAGGACUUGAUGGAUGCACACAAGUUGGCCGCAGCUCUAAACAGGACUCCUUACAGCAGCAACCCUUCCCUGUGUGCCUUGCCUUUAACGGACUAUAAAGAGGUGGUGUGCAAUGGAGACCUGGCAUCCGAGAACAAGAUGGCGGAGAGCCCAGCAGGGUUUGCUGCUCCUCAGAAAUACUCCGCGCCCAACGGGCACUGCCUGAACGGCGAAGAAAGCAGGGUGAAGGUUCCCCCCGGCCGGCAGAUCUCCACCCCGCCGCAUCUAAGGAACCUCCACCACAAAUGGGUUCACGCCAUCCCGGGUCGGCAGCAAACAGGAGGCAGCCCGGACCAGCCUGCCCGGAAUCACCUAGAUGACGACGGGAUGCCCAUCUACACCGACGUCAUUCAGCAGCGCCUCCGACAGAUUGAAAGCGGGCACCAGCAGGAGGUGGAGAGCUUGAAGAAGCAGGUGCAGGAGCUAAAGAGCCGGUUGGAAAGCCAGUAUCUGAACAGCUCACUGCGCUUCAACGGGGAGUACGGGGAUGAAGUGACUUCAGUGCCUGACUCAGAAAGCAAUCCGGAUCACAACUGCUUGUCUCGCUGCAGUACAGAGAUUUUCUCUGAAGCCAGCUGGGAGCAGGUGGAUAAACAGGACACAGAGGUGACACGGUGGCUUCCCGAUCACCUGGCUGCACACUGUUACGGCUGUGACAGUGUCUUCUGGCUUGUCAGCAGAAAACACCACUGCAGGGAUCCCGAACAUGUUGAUCAGAGUUGGAAUUGUGGAAAUGUGUUUUGCUCCAGCUGCUGUAACCAGAAGGCGCCGGUCCCCAGCCAACAGCUCUUCGAACCCAGCCGGGUCUGCAAAACCUGCUACAGCAGCUUGCACCCCAGUAGUGCCAGCCUUGACCUCGAACUGGACAAACCCAUUGCUGCCACCUCAAACUGAGGCUCCGGCCUGGAAGGAAAGCUGGGAGGAGACAAAGCUGCCUUUGUCCCUUGAGGAGACACACCGAUUGCCGGUGGACUGAAGCUGGUAGGAUUGGAGGAGCUAUGCACUUUGAGCUGGAAGUACAGGUUACUGUUCAGAGAGAGAGAGAGAGAGAGAGAGAGAGAGACAGGGAGAGGAUGAUGGGUAGGUAGAUUCUGACAGAGCAGUCCUUCCCCACUGUUACUUCCCAUUCCCUUUCCAUCCUUCUCAUGUAAAUUUAGUGUGGAUUUUGCAGGAAGACUGUGAAAUGGGUCUAGUGGGGGAGUCUCCCUGCCCUGCACCGCAGGCAGGCUAGGCUGUUCUCCCUUUGCGGGAAGAGAGGAAGGUGAAUUGCCAGAGAGAUUGUGAAUAGCUGUAGCAUUAGGACUAGUGCUUUCAGUCACUCCUGUGACUUCUCAGCAGCCCCUUGCUGUUUGGAGAGUUGUUGCUGCUAGAAGAAACGGAAAUGGCCUUCUCAAAAGGACUCUUUUCCCCUCUCUGUCCUCCAGGAGCGGGCUGGAUUAUUCUCGUUGCCCAAAUGCAAGGGGUGGAUUGCAGAUCUCCACACUGGGCAUCCCUGUGUGGCCGAGGGCUAAGAAGACGCCUGCUUGCUUUGAGAGGAAGCGAGAGGAGAAGGGGUGCCUUUAAGCCAGCACCCUCGAUGUAAAAUUCUGUACAUCCAUUUUUAUUUUUAUUUUGUAAAGGAAUCGGUGCCUAGGCUUUGACGGUAGCUUUUGAAAUGCCUCUCCUUGCCCACAUUUUAAACCUAGUUUACACAGAAAGUAGAGCUGCUUCACUGCACUCAGUAGGCUAUGUGCAAAGUCAGGUGGCCUAAUGGCGUCGCGGUGUCCUUUUCACAAAACAACCCCAUGAAGCAAGAGGGGGAUGGUUUUAUUUUGCUCUAGAGCUGGUUAGAAAAAGUAGGUUUGCUGGUGCCCCCAAAAUGAGGCGUUAGGUAAAGACAUGACAAUCUGAACCUCUUUUCCUCCUGCUAACUUUGUCAUCCCGUCAGCAGAGUCCUCCUAUUUUUCUAAAUUUUGUAUUUCCCCCCCUUCACUCUUUAAAAUAUGCUCAGUUUAUGGUUUUGGAGUGGGAGGAAGAAUUUUAAUAGAGAAUUUAUAAUCUGUGAUAAGAUGCUCGAAUCCAUCCAGAAUCGGUUCUCUUCUUUUUGUCCUCGCCUGCUUCGUCUUAGAGAACUUAGAUCAGUACAUGCAGUUCCUUUCUUUCUGUGUCGGCACACUUCAAACAUCUUCCGUAUACCUUCUCUGCAACAUUUUCACACAGCGCAGAUCUACACCCUGGCCUUGAGUACUACCUGGUGGGAGGUUCCCACACCCAUAACUGCCAUAAGCUCACGAAGCUCUGCAAGAGCCAAAAAGAGCAAGCUACACAACAACAGGCGUAAAAAGAACGAGAAACACAACACCUAAGCUAUUCUAAGCGUUUGUGCGGCAAUAACCAGACUGGCCUUCCCAAGGGAAACUGGUUUAGUGAGCCUGUUGCCAAGGAAGAAAUAUAAAAGUGAGGCUUGUCAAACAGUUUUCGUUUUCAUACUGAUUCCAAGAAGGAAGAUGUCAGUCCUUUUCAUUCUUGAUGUUUCAGUUUUCCCGGGUUGGUUGUGAAGGAUGCAUGUCUUGCAUUGAAUAAAAUAAUGCAGGGAAGACAUUUGAAAAUAAGGAUCCAAAUUCCAGAGGCGCUGUCUCCUUAAUGCAGGCAGGAUGUAAUUUCUUGGCACUCCUUGUCUUCUUCCAACUGGGAGGCCGGUACAAAAUUUCAGUGUGGUUCCCCCCUUCCCCCCCAAAAGGAAGAAAACACUCUGAGAAAAUCAGCAGAGAUACACCGUUCCAGGUUGGGAAUGUGGAAACAGGUUAUUGAAAUGACAUACAGCUGGCUAAUCUAUGUUUUCCCAAUGCAACUGGUGUGCAGCGAGACAUUUUAAAACAAACAAACAAACAAGAAUAAUAAAGGGGAAUGGUAUUGUGUGACGCACUUAAGCCAGAGUUUUUAUGGUACAAACAGAUGGCGAAAAGAAGGUCUAAGAUUCAGCAGUUUGUAAGAGGUGCCAAGGGGUUCCAAUACGGGUUUUGGGGGUCUGUGAUGUACAGUGUGAAUAAACGCUUGCAGCUCUUAGUCUUUUGAAUCAAUGGAGCACUUUUUUAUUCAUAUUUUCUCCCAUUGGAUGUGAAGCAGGAAACCCAGCUCGCUCGCUUACUCACUCUGUGUGUGUGUGUGUGUGUGUGUGUGUGUGUGAGAGAGAGAGAGAGAGAGAGAGAGAGAAUUGCAUAGAUCUUCAAAAGAGCAAAAUUUUAUAUUUUUUACUUUUUGUCAAAUGUAGACUUCAAUACUCUAGAAUGCUUAAAUAUAUAUAUGAAAAAAUGAAAUAAACUUUAGAGAUUGCAUACAGGAA